AUGCGCUUCCUCAUUGCCCUCCUUCUUCCCACCGCCGUUUUCGCACGGUAUGGUUUCCCGUACCAAUGCGGUUCCGGCAACGGCGCGGUCUGGUGCAAGGCCCACGACUGCUGCAAGGUGACGGACGGUCAGGGGUCGUGCGCCCUUGUAUGCUACAACACUGGCUGCUCCUGCGACACAGGGUUCUACUGCGAUGGCGAAGGGACGUGUACUGAAAAGUGA